AUGACAAAUGAUGAUAAUGAAUACUUAAUGGUAGAAUUAGUUGAAAUAGAGCCAGAUUCUGCUAAUGUGAGAAAUUUAGGGAAAAGAAAAAAGAAUGAAAUGGUCGUGAAAAGGCCCAAUAAAAGAGGAAGACCAAAUAAAAUAUUAGAAGUACAUCUUGUAGAAUCCUCUUCGUUUCCUAAGGAAU